AUGGAAAAUGGGUGGUGGAAAUGGAGAGUGAACAGUGCGUCGUACUUGAUACUCUCGCGGACAUCCUUCCAUCCUAUUCAUCCUUCUCUCCUUUACAUUCCGGUCACCUUGCUCCCCUCGUAUCUUAUUUUCUUUCUUUCUGACCUCGGAAUCUCAUUCUGCUGUACAUUCGACUUACACAUUUGCAUUUUCAUUUCACAUUCCUCCUUCAACACUCCGCACUCAACAUUUGUUUAUUCUAUUGGAGGGCAUGGAUCCUCUCCCAUAGUUCCAAUUAUUUAUUUGUGCAAUCCCGUCAUGACCAUGAAUUAA